UCGCCAAACAUGUCGAUUUAACAUUUCUCCGAAUUGGCGAAUUCAUUUUCAGUAGUUGAACAGCACUUUUGGGUUAUAUAGAUGGGUUACUUAACUGUUGGUGGUGUUCCUGAGCCUUUUAAUCUUCCGUUAGACUUAGUAAAUGAAAAAAACUACUUGCGGAACGGUGGAAUCGACAAAGUACUCUGGAGAAAGGUACUUGAAGGAACAGCAGCAUUGGUAAGUUCCGAGCCUUUUUUUUUUGAUUCGGAACUUACUCAUUCUCAGAUAGAAGGUUUGCACGAUGGAAGCUUUCAUGUGGUUACUGCCCUGACAGAGUGUGCUGUGGCAGCAGCUUUGAAGGAUUCUUCUCUGCAAAUUGUAGGGAGCUACGUUGAUUCCUCACUUAACUGGGCGGUAAUCACUUCAGCACAACAAGAAAAGUUUCAUAAUAUUACAGAUCUUGGAAGCUCACCAGUAAGAGUGGGCAUUUCUCGCUACGGAUCAGGAUCCCACUUGAUGCCUCUAAUAAUGGCAAAGCAAGAAUCGUGGAGGAAUCUUCCAGAGUUUGUUGUCUGUAACAACUUUGCAGGUUUACGCCAGGCUGUUCUUUCUGGAACCGCAGAUUUCUCUAUGUGGGAGUGGUUUAUGACAAAGCCUUACGUUGAAGAAGGUCUUUUAAAAUUCAUAGGGAAUGUGCCGACUCCAUGGCCAAGCGUGUGUUUUCUUACAAAGAAGAAUGUUAUAAAUAACUUCAAAGGAGAACUUUUUAGUGCACUCUGUUCAAUACGAGAAACUGCUUGUGAAUUUCGAGGGAAUGUGUCGAACGUGAAUACUGAACAGUUUGCAACUUCUGUCGAUAAGAUAGUAUCCCAAUUCUCAUUCAAGCCACAAGAUGCGAAGUCUUGGUUAGAAAGCGUUCGGUUUUCUAGAGAUGGCCUUGUGUCCGUCUCAACUGUUCAAACUAUUGCACAGGCUUUAUGUGAAGCUGGGAUAGUUGAUCGCCGCAUUCCUGAUCCUUCCUAUGUAGUUUACCCAACUUUUCUAAGUUCUUUCGAUCGCCACGUUUGACCAAGUUUCUUAGAUAUUAAGUCUUUAUUGGAUAAAUGUUUGCCAGUAAAGUUGGUUCAUCUCUGUUAGGUAUUUACGAUGUCUCAA